AUGGCAUCCUUCAAAUCCGUUCGUGAUUUGCUGCUUAUUGGUUUUGACGAAGGUUUAUUGGACGAAGAAGAGUUUUUGCUGUUGUACCAACAAUAUACUUCUCUGAAUGCUGAGUAUCCGUACACAAGCUAUCCAGCCUUUGACCUAGAGUUAAAGGACGAAGUUGAAUGCAAAACUGAAUUUAGAGUGGAAAAGAAUGAUAUACCAGGACUUGCGGAUACGCUAAGGAUUCCAGAAAUUGUAAAAUGUUACCAAGGGACUAUUUGUGGACGAGAAGAAGCCUUGUGCAUUCUGCUCAAGAGGUUUGCCUAUUUUUGCAGGUAUUCUGACCUGAUUCCUACCUUUGGUAGACCAGUUCCUGAAUUAGCUAUGAUUAAUAAUAAAAUGAUCAGUUUAAUUUUUGAUAUCCAUGGCCAUCGUCUGACAGAGUGGAAUCAUCAGAUUUUACACCCAGAAGCUCUUGAGACAUAUGCUACAGCCGUAUCGAACAAAGGAGCAGCCCUUACCAACUGCUUUGGUUUCGUAGAUGGGACGGUCAGACAAAUUUGUAGACCUGGAAAAAACCAAAGAGUCGUAUAUAAUGGUCAUAAACGAGUCCACGCCCUAAAGUUCCAAUCUGUGGCCUUGCCCAAUGGAAUUAUUGCUAAUUUAUAUGGACCAGUUGGUAAGUUUCUAGUAAACCAAGGCAUAAAAUUUAUUUUUUUCCAGCAGGUACUAUGUCAGUGUCUAUAUUAA